UCCGAGACAGAGAGAGAGCUCUGAGACAGAGAGAGAGAGCUGGUGACUCCGAGACAGAGAGAGAGAGCUGGUGACUCCGAGACAGAGAGAGAGAGAGCUGGUGACUCCGAGACAGAGCACAACUGCCAGACUGAGUAAGGAUGUUGGGCCUCCUCCUGUGUGUGAGUUCCCUCCUCCUCCCCCUCCUCUCCCCCUCCCUCGCCCAGGGAUCAGGGCCGAGGGUGCGCCUGGCAGGUGGGAGGCGGGGCCCCAACGAGGGUCGCGUAGAGGUGUUCUAUAACGGGGCGUGGGGGACGGUGUGUGAUGACGAGGUGGAUAUUAACCUGGCCAACGUGGUGUGUCGAGAGCUGGGCUUCUCACGCAGUCUCACCUGGGCUCACAGCUCUAAGUUUGGGGAAGGACAAGGUCUGAUCUGGUUGGAUAACGUGCACUGCAUGGGGACGGAGCUCUCCCUGUCUGACUGUCACUCCAACGGCUGGGGGAUAAAUGACUGCACCCACUCUGAGGACCUGGGGGUCGUCUGUAGCACCCAGAGGAGGGUCGACUACUCCCCUAACCAGGUAGAGGGCUCCCCCACAUCCCUGGCCGUCCCAGUGGACUCGGCCCGACCACAGAGGAUCCCCAACCUCUCCACACCGCCACGUCUAUCCACAGUCCAAGACAGGGUGGCCCCUCCUCCCCCUGCUCACAUCACAUCCCCCGGGAGAAGGGGUCAUGAGAUCGCCCUCCACCGCAACACCCCCAGAGGUCAGGGUCAAAGUUCACGGCAACAGCGCCGGGGUCAUGAUAUCCACUUGCGUACCCGGAACGGCCAGAGUCAGGCGGGAGGGGAGGCCAGGACGAGACAGGAGAACCCGGCCGUGCCCCAGGGUCAUCAGAUCCCCCCCCGGCUGGGGAAUGGUGCAGCCUACAGGCAGGCCCAGGAUGUGGGGCGGACCGGACCACAGGCGGCCAGAUGGGAGGCAGAGAUCCCCAGGCAGCCCAGUGGGAACCAUGUUGAACCAGAGGCAGAAAUCACCAACAUGGACCUGGAGACAGACAUCACAGACGGACAGACGGCCAGUAGGGUGAGACUGGAGGAGGUACGUCUCCGGCCCGUUCUGACAGGCGUCCGUAACGGCCUGCUGUCAGAGGGCGUUUUGGAAGUGAAGCAUGCUGGGAGGUGGCGUCAUGUGUGCGACCAGGGCUGGGACCUCAGCGGCAGCCGUGUGGUGUGUGGCAUGCUGGGAUACCCCUCCGCCGAGGCAUACGACCACACCGUCUAUAGGAAACUAUGGGACUCCAAGUUGGCAGAUCCCUCUACAAGACUAGCAGGUCUGUCCAGUAAGAAGGGUUACUGGGUAGAGCAGGUCAAGUGUUUGGGUACGGAGCCUGUCCUCUCCCAGUGCCACUCCCAGCUCUCCCUCCCCAGGAACCAGGUCACCUGUCAGGGGGGCAUGUACGCCGUGGUGCGCUGUGUACCUGGACACCAGUUCACACGCCUCUCCUCGGGGAGACCGCCCGCUCCCCCCGACGUCCAGCUGGGGGUACGUCUGAAAGCAGGCCCCAGGCUGGGGGAGGGCAGGGUGGAGGUACUGAGAGAGGGGAAGUGGGGGACCGUGUCGGACCACCUGUGGGACCUGAAGGCAGCCAGUGUGGUCUGCAGGGAGCUGGGGUUCGGAUCGGCCAAGGAGGCCCUCAACAAGGCCCAGCUGGGACAGGGUACUGGACCUAUUCAUAUGAACUCAGUUCAGUGUACAGGCAGAGAGAAGUCUCUGCUGCAGUGUUCUUUCCCUCCCUCUCAGUGUAAAACACCCUGGCCCUCCCUCCCUCCCUCCCUCCCUCCCUCCACUGGGCUGGAGACCACGGUGCGGUUGGCGGGGGGCAGGGAGCCUGCAGAAGGGCGUGUGGAGGUGCUGAUGGAGGUGGGAGGGGUACAGCGCUGGGGGGCCGUCUGCAGUGAGAACUGGGGCAUCAAUGAGGCCAUGGUGGUGUGCAGACAGCUGGGCUACGGCUUUGCAAACAGAGCCCACCAGGAGACGUGGUACUGGCCCGGAGCUCCGGAGGCAGCAGAGGUGGUUCUGACUGGAACCCACUGCAUCGGCACAGAGAUGUCGAUUCAGCAGUGUCGUAGGAACACACAGGUCUACUGUCCCAGGGGAGGAGAUGGCAAGGCGGCUGGGGUCACCUGUGUUGAGACGGCCCCUGACCUGGUAUUAGAUGCCCAGUUGGUCCAGGAGACAGCCUACCUGGAGGACCGCCCCUUGCACCUCCUGACCUGUGCCAAUGAGGAGAACUGUCUGUCGUCCUCUGCUGCCCGGAUGAGCUGGCCUUACGGACACAGACGCCUGCUACGAUUCUCCUCACGCAUCAUGAACAUGGGCCGGGCCGACUUCAGACCUAGAGCGACCAGGGAGUCCUGGACCUGGCACCAGUGUCACAGGCACUACCACAGCAUUGAGGUGUUCACCCAUUAUGACCUUCUGACCCUGAAUGGAACUAAGAUCGCUGAGGGUCACAAAGCCAGCUUCUGUCUGGAGGACACCUACUGCCCCGAAGGUAUCCAGAAGCGCUACUCGUGCUACAACAUGGGAGAGCAGGGUAUCCAGGUAGGUUGCUGGGAUACGUAUCGCCAUGACAUCGACUGUCAGUGGAUCGACAUCACAGACAUCAGCCCCGGGGAGUACAUCUUUCAGGUUGAAGUGAACCCCUCGUUGGACAUGGCCGAGUCAGACUUUCAGAACAACGUGAUGCGUUGCCGCUGCAAGUACGAUGGAGGACGUGUCUUCAUGUUCGGCUGCCACGCUGGUGAUGCAUACAGUCCAGAGGUGGAGGAUCUGUUUGAGCACCAGCGUCAGAUCACCAACAACUUCCUCUAACCAACGGAACAACAGAAGAACCAAUGGGAGAUCUCCAUCCAACCGAACAACGAAUGAGAGACUUCAGAACAACCAGUCAACCAAUGGGAGUUCUCAGGGCAGAGCUUUGGAACCACAGCUCAUCUCAACUUACCCAAUCAUUGGAGAGGAGCCGGAGGAGAACCAGGAAGCCGGGGUUGGAAUGGACUGUGGGAGGGAGGGGGGAGGAAGGAAGAGGGGAGGGAAGGGGGGAAUUGUUUCUGGAAAGGUCAAAGAAAGAAUCACCUGAACAUCAAGCAAUCAUCACGCCUUCCCCAUCACUAACCAUAUCUCUGAGAGAGAGAGAGAGAGAGAGAGAGAGAGAGAGAGAGUAUAGACAGAGACGUAUACAGGACUUAUGGGUAGUUGUGACACGUUUCUCAGUUGGAAUUGGACCGUAUCAAGCUGUCACAUGUGUCAGGUGUCACCAUGGUAACAGGAUUUAGAUUAAAGUAGAGAUGCUUGUCUUGAAACAAAAGAAUUAUGAGCAACAUGGGAGUUAUUUACAGAUUUGAAAUGACGGAAAAACAACAAGAUAGUUCCCUAAGAUUCAGACAUACUAUGGUUAUGUAGCACAGGAGGCUGGUGGCAUCUUAAUUGGGGAGGAUGGGCUGAUAGUAAUGGCUGCAAAGGAAUUCAAUGGAAUGGAAUCUAACUCCUGGUUUCCAUGGUUUCCAUGUGUUUAAUACCAUUCCAUUCCAUUCCAUUCCAGCCACUAUUAUGAGCCGUCCUCCCCUCACCAGCCUCCUGUGAUAUGUAGGAAGGGUACACUAAGGUACAUGAGUAUUACAUGUAUGUUUAUCAAAUCACAAACGGUGUAUAUUGUAUAAGAUGGUUGUACCUAUUUAGUGACAAUGGGGCAAAGCUACCUUGUUUAAAAGGUACACUCAGUAAGGUGGCAUUGUCAUACAUACAAAAGAUUCGGACCUAAGGCUCUUUACCAAAUGAUACAACAUAAAUAUACACAUUAAACACAACAUAUGUAUAUAUACACAUACAGAAUACAGAAACACAGCCAUGUGAAGCACAAAUAAAAACAUCACAAAUCA